UUAUCCGGUUGCUUUAGUUCCUUCGUUCAUUGGCUCACUUUCUCCGGUUGAAAAAAUAUCACUCGAUCUUCUUCUUCUUCUUCUCCGUCGAGACCAUGAAGAACCUCCCUACCGCUCUUCUACUCGCCGUUCUAAUCGUGUGCACCGCCACUCUCGUGAGAUCGGACGCUUCCGACCACCGCUACAACGAAGGCGACGCCGUCCCCCUCUACGCCAACAAAGUCGGCCCCUUCCACAACCCCAGCGAAACGUAUCGGUAUUUUGAUCUGCCCUUCUGCUCAGCAGGUGAUGUGAAGGAGAAGAGGGAGGCGCUCGGAGAGGUGUUGAAUGGGGAUCGGCUUGUUAGUGCUCCCUAUAAUCUUGAGUUCAGAAAAGAUAAGGACUCUGAGGUUGCUUGUAGAACGAUGCUGACCAAGGAAGAAGUUGUGCAGUUUCGAACUGCUGUGAAAAAAGACUACUACUUCCAAAUGUAUUAUGAUGAUUUGCCCAUCUGGGGCUUUUUGGGAAAGGUUGACAAGGAAGGAAAAACUGACCCGAGGGAAUACAAAUAUUUCCUUUACAAGCAUAUCCAAUUUGAUGCUCGGUACAAUAAAGACCGUGUCAUUGAAAUCACCGCCAAGAUGGAUCCUCAUUCUGUUGUAGACUUGACAGAGGACAAGGAUGUUGAUGCAGAUUUCAUGUACAGUGUAAAAUGGUCGGAUACAAACAUUCCCUUCGAGAAUAGAAUGGAUAAAUACUCACAGUCCUCUUCACUGCCACAUCACUUGGAAAUUCAUUGGUUCUCAAUCAUAAAUUCAUGCGUCACGGUUCUCCUUUUGACGGGUUUUCUUGCAACGAUUCUCAUGCGAGUCCUGAAGAACGAUUUCAUGAAGUAUGCACAAGAUGAGGAAGCUGCUGAUGACCAAGAAGAGACUGGAUGGAAGUACAUUCAUGGUGAUGUUUUCCGGUUCCCCCAGCACAAAUCUUUGUUUGCUGCUGCCCAUGGUUCUGGAACCCAGCUGUUCACUCUCACAAUAUUCAUCUUUAUGCUCGCACUGGUUGGUGUAUUUUAUCCAUACAACCGAGGCGCUUUAUUCACUGCGCUUGUGGUCAUAUAUGCACUGACUUCUGGCAUUGCGGGAUAUACUGCAACUUCUUUCUAUUGUCAGCUUGAAGGAAAAAACUGGGUGAGAAAUUUGUUACUUACUGGGUGCCUUUUCUGCGGGCCUCUGUUCCUGACUUUCUGCUUCCUUAACACUGUUGCAAUUGCUUAUAGUGCAACCGCAGCUCUUCCUUUUGGUACUAUUGUGGUAAUUGUUCUUAUUUGGACAUUGGUAACAUCACCAUUGCUUGUUUUGGGUGGUAUUGCCGGGAAAAACAGCAAGGCUGAGUUCCAAGCUCCUGUUCGCACCACAAAGUAUCCUCGAGAAAUUCCACCUCUUCCAUGGUACAGGACUACCAUUCCUCAGAUGGCAAUGGCUGGGUUUCUCCCUUUCAGUGCAAUAUACAUUGAACUUUACUACAUAUUUGCCAGCGUCUGGGGUCACAGGAUUUACACAAUCUACAGCAUCCUGUUUAUUGUAUUUAUUAUUCUUUUGAUUGUCACUGCCUUUAUAACUGUGGCUUUGACCUAUUUCCAACUUGCUGCCGAAGAUCAUGGGUGGUGGUGGAGGUCUUUCCUAUGCGGUGGAUCUACUGGCCUCUUCAUCUAUGGCUAUUGCUUGUAUUAUUACUACGCCCGUUCAGAUAUGACUGGCUUUAUGCAAACGUCUUUCUUCUUCGGUUACAUGGCUUGCAUUUGCUACGGCUUCUUCCUCAUGCUAGGCACCGUAGGUUUCCGAGCAGCUUUGCUGUUUGUUCGUCACAUUUACAAGUCCAUCAAGUGUGAGUAGGUGGUCGGUUGAUGGGUCUGGCGCGUAGGCCCUCCUGUCUUCCUUUUUUAUGAUAGGAAAAAGUCGGUAUUUUUGUUAGAAGGUAGGCGAGAGGGUGCCUUCAGAAGCAGAGGAAGCAGCGAGCCUUCGCGAAUCAAAUCUUUCGGGGCCUCUGUUGCGCGUUUGCUUCAGGCGUAGGGAAAAUUUGGGGCAUUAGGGUUUCACUAGAUUUAUGUCAUAGAACAGAAGUAUGAAUGUGGGGGAACGCAAGAGAUUGCUGUAUGGCCGCAUUUUACCCCACUCUCUGAAAUGACUCUUUCCAUAUUAGCUUA